CUGUUUUAUAUUUUGUUGUUGUUGUUUUUCAGUUUAUGGGGCUGAUAAACAUAAUAUUUGAGCGUAUCGAGACAUUUUUAUCGCUCACAUUAUCUAGAUCCGCAACACAAUCAUAGCUUUCGUUUUGUCAAAAGGGAAGAGCCCAAAACAGUGAAGAAAAGAAACUUUGUUGCAACACUGUUGUGCGAUCCAAAAGGUGAAAAGAUCAGGGAUCCAGAAGGGAAGAAAAGAUGGUUAGUGCAAUAAAAGCAGCCACUGGAGAUUUGGUGUUGACUUUCUUGUGGGUCUUCUUUUCCUCCAUGUUGGGGUUGGCCACCGAUGUCAUAACAAAAGCGCUUGAAAUUCAUCAUGUGUCCUACAAUGGUUUUCAUUACGCUGACGCUGUUGUCAUCACUUCGCUCAUCUUUAUCCUCGUUACCAUCUUCACCUUCAUUGCCGAUGCCUUGGGCGGUGCCAGCUUCAACCCCACCGGUAAUGCUUCACUCUACGCCGCUGGUGUUGGUGAUGACACCCUUUUCUCAAUGGCUCUCCGGUUCCCUGCUCAGGUACUGGGUUCAGUGGGUGGUGUUCUGGCUGUUAUGGAGUAUAUGCCAGAGAAAUAUAGGCACUUCAUUGCUGGGCCUUCUUUGAAGGUUAGCUUGCAUACUGGAGCUCUAGCAGAAGGGGUGCUGACAUUUGUGAUCACAUUUCUUGUUCUCCUCAUCAUGAUCAGGGGUCCUCACAGUGGCACCGCAAAGACUUUGUUGCUGGCAAUCUCGACUGUGGUUUUGAUCACUGUUGGUGCUAGUUACACUGGACCAGCUAUGAACCCUGCCUUUGCAUUUGGUUGGGCAUACUUUGAGAAAUGGCACGACAAAUGGGACCACUUCUAUGUAUACUGGAUCUGCCCAUUCGUUGGAUCAAUACUAGCCGCAUGGCUGUUCCGUAUUGUCUUUCCCCCACCACCACCAGUAGAAAAACAGAAGAAAGCCUGAAGAGCUGUACAUUAAGCUCCAUUUCUUGCAUUGAAAACUCCCUUUCUGUUUUUUUAUCUUUAUUUACUUUUUGGCAUAGGCCCUUUUAUAUUCAUCUUGUUUUGUAAUUUCUUAUUCAUUCUCGUUUGUUUUGAAGAUGUUUGGGACUCUAGCUUUCAGCCGUUAGUAUAACAUUUGUAUCAUGAAUAAUAUGAAUUGUAAACAUGUUUCGCAUUA